UACAGAUGUAAUCAAAAUGGCAUCAAUUCGUCCCGUUUUGUCGUCGGUUUCACGGCGCUGUUUACAGCGUUUCUGUAUCUCGGAGAGAAAUGUGAAAGUGUUGUCAAUAGUCAGAAACCUUUCUGUAUCGCAUGGAGUUCGUCAGGAGAUGCCGUCCGUCAAUGACGACAAGCCCCAGUUCCCAGGCGCCCGUUCCAGCUUCACAGAGAAGCUCAAGUUUCUUGAUGGCACCGUAUACGACCCCAUCCCAAUCUACAGGGUGAUGAACAAGAUGGGAAAGAUCAUCGAUGCGGAUGAAGACCCAGGGCUAGAUCAGACAGUUGUUGAGAAGAUGUAUAAGUGCAUGACCAAACUCAACGGGAUUGAUAAGAUCUUGUAUGAGUCUCAGCGUCAGGGGAGAAUUUCUUUCUACAUGACAUCCUAUGGUGAGGAAGGGACGCAUAUAGGCAGUGCAGCAGCAAUCGAUCCCAGAGACAUGGUUUACGGCCAGUACAGAGAAGGAGGUGUUUUGAUAUGGCGUGGCUUCCCAAUGGAUAAGAUGAUGAACCAGUGCUAUGGCAACAAUGAGGAUAUUGGGUAUGGGAGGCAGAUGCCGGUGCAUUAUGGCUCAAAAGAGCACAACUUUGCAGCUAUAUCGUCCCCGCUUGCAACCCAGAUGCCGCAUGCUGCUGGUGCUGCUUUUGCCCUGAAGCGAGCUGGUUUGGAUGUUUGUACAGUAUGCUACUUUGGUGAUGGGGCAGCCAGUGAAGGAGACGCCCAUGCUGCCCUCAACUUUGCUGCUACUUUGGAUGCACCGUGUAUAUUUUUCUGCCGAAACAACGGUUAUGCUAUAUCGACACCAACAAGUGAGCAGUAUAGAGGGGAUGGAAUUGCUUGUCGUGGUCCAGCGUACGGCAUGAGCAGUGUACGAGUGGAUGGCAAUGAUGUUUUUGCUGUCUACAAUGCUACCAAAGCAGCUAGAGAAAUGGCAGUAAACGAGAGUAAACCAGUUCUUAUUGAAGCAAUGACGUACAGGACCGGUCAUCAUAGUACAAGUGAUGAUUCGUCAGCGUAUCGCUCAGUUGAUGAGGUCCGAUACUGGGAUAAAGAAGAUCAUCCGAUUGGACGCCUCCGUAACUACAUGGUGGAAAAGAACUGGUGGAGUGUGGAGAAAGAGAAGGCGUGGAUGGCUGAGGUCAAGAAAGAGAUAAUGCAAGAGUUUGAGAAAGCAGAAAAGUUAAAGAAACCCUCUCCCAAGUACAUGAUGUCAGACGUGUUCGACAAACCCUCAAAGCGACUUAUCCAGCAAGAGCAAGAACUGAGGCAACAUCUGAAGCAGUACAAGGAACACUACCCAACCGAUAAAUUUGAUGACCUCUGAUGAGGAAAUUAUGCACCUCUGUGCCCCUUUUUCAAUUCACUGCAUUGGUUUUGGGUAAAAGCUUCAUCUGUCGUCAAAACCAUUUUCAUAUAAACAGUUUCUUGUGAAGUCACUUGCUUUGUCACAAAUGAAAGCUCAACCUUGGUUCUCACACACAGUUAAAGGCAGUGAACACUAUUUGUAAUUGUCAAAGACUAGCCUUCACAGUUGCUGUAUCUCAACAUAUGC